AUGGAGGUGCCGAACGGGCUGCGAGCACGCAGCGAUUCCGCUUCCGAGGAAACGGAGACACUACGGGUGCGCAUUGUGCGCGGCGAAAAGCUGGGCACCCGCGAUUUGUUCGGCGUGACGAGCCCAUAUGUGAUCGUGAGCGUGGAGACGGCCGCCGGGGAGCUGGUACAUAAAGUCCAGCUGGAGACAAAGCGAAAGACCCGAAAUCCGUCGUGGCACGAGCGCGUGACAUUCCGAUGCAUAAUUCACAUGUCGGUCCAUUUCUCCUCCGGCGAACAGUCGCCAUCUACGAGCAGUGCAGACCCGACGACACCACCACUCCCUGAAGGCUGGGAAGAGCGCGAGGAUGCGAACGGGCGCACGUUCUACGUCAACCACAUCCUCCGCACAACGCAAUGGGAUAAGCCGACCCUCGAGGACAAUAGCGAUAGCAUGCGAGACAUUGCGGCACGGAGGGUUGCCAGGACAAACUAUGAACAGCGUACCCAGGUCGAUUCGAGUCCACAGGCUGUGCAUAACACAUUGGCGGCGAUUGAUGAUGGUCUACGCGCUCAUUUCGAUGGCACACCAACCGAAGACGACGAAGAGGCUCUGCCGGAUGGCUGGGAUAUGCAGGUUGCCCCCAACGGCCGCAUCUUCUACAUCGAUCACCGAACCAAGACGACAACCUGGAAUGAUCCCCGGACAGGUCAAGCCCAGACUGAAGCGGUUGGGAAAACGGACGAUGAGCUGGGACCGCUGCCGGAAGGAUGGGAACAGCGAGUACACAGCGACAGUCGCGUCUUCUUCAUCGACCACAAUAGCAAGCGGACCCAGUGGGAGGAUCCGCGCUUUGAAAAUGAGAGCAUCGCCGGGCCAGCUAUCCCAUAUUCUCGCGAUUUCAAGCGAAAGGUCGAAUACCUACGUCAAAAGUUGCCACGAGCCACUUCGAAUGGAAAAUGUGAUUUGAUCAUUCAUCGGGAGAACAUCUUUGCUGACAGCUAUCGACAGAUUAUGGAUAAGUCACCCUCGGAACUUCGGCACAAACUGUGGAUCGAAUUUGCUGGCGAAACGGGGCUUGACUAUGGAGGUGUGGCUCGGGAGUGGUGUUUCCUGCUCUCCCAUGAGAUCUUCAACCCAUACUACGGCCUUUUUGAAUAUAGUGCCACUGACAAUUACACUCUUCAAAUCAACCCCCAUUCACGUAUCGCCAACCCGGAACACUUGUCACAUUUCCACUUUAUUGGCCGUGUCUUCGGGAUGGCCAUCUAUCACGGAAAACUGCUUGAUGCUUUCUUCAUCCGUCCCUUCUACAAAAUGAUGCUCGGGAAGAAGAUUACGCUUUUUGACAUGGAAAGCGUUGACAAUGCCUAUUAUAACUCGCUCAUCUACGUUAUGGACAAUGACCCUGCCGAACUUGACCUGACCUUUUCCGUCGAUGAUCAGGUGUAUGGCGGCGACCCGGUGACGGUCGAGCUGAUUGAAAACGGCAAGAAUGUGGCCGUUACUGAGGAAAACAAGAAAGAUUAUAUCGAGGCGGUGGUGAAUUGGCGCUUCAGCAAGCGAAUCGAGCCCCAGAUGGAGCAGAUCAUGAAGGGCGUCAAUGAGAUUGUGCCCUCGAAUCUGUUGCGAAUUUUCGACGCGAACGAGCUGGAACUGCUGAUGUGCGGACUGCAGAAGAUUGACGUCAAGGACUGGAAGGCGAACACCGUCUACAAGGGCGGAUAUGGGCCAAGUAGUCAGGUGAUUCACAAUUUCUGGAAGUGCAUCCUCUCGUUUGACAAUGAAAUGAGGGCCCGAGUGCUGCAAUUUGUGACGGGUACGAGUCGAGUGCCGAUGAACGGGUUCCGGGAGCUCUACGGCUCAAAUGGACCCCAGAAAUUCACGGUGGAAAGGUGGGGCUCGCCGGAUAUGCUGCCCAGAUCCCAUACUUGCUUCAACCGCAUCGACCUGCCGCCGUACGCCAGCUUUGCCGACCUCAAGCAGAAGCUGAUCGUCGCCAUCGAGAAUUCCGAGAUUUUCAGCGGCGUCGAC